AUGGAAGGAUCCGAAGACGUUUGUAUGGAUGCAGUGGAAAUGAAGGAUUUGGAGAGGGUAGACGAUAAACUGAUGGAGCAGAGCAGAUCUAAUGAAUCUGAUGACAGAUGCAGCGGUCACAUUGAGGAUUUGAAUGUAGUUGUGAAUACAGGAAACCAAAAUACGGCUCCUGGGGAUGUACAUGGUGAUAUGGGAGCAGAGAUCCACGAUCCCAUGAAAGACCAUGACAAAGAACUGUUGGAAUCAGAACAUUUAAUCUCCUCUGCUAAUGAGGUUGAGAGUUGUGUGCAGGGGAUGGAAAGCAGUGUUUAUAGAACGGAGGAUGAAAUCUGGUUUGAUGAAGGACAAUCUGUUAAUGUGGAUGCGGAUAGUAAGGGAAUGGAAACCGUGGCUGGACAGGAGAGUAUAAUCUGCACAACUAGUAAUGAAGACUUGAAUGAAGAUAUGUUGGCCUUGAAGGAACAGAUUCAAGAAGAGAGGGAAGGGGAAGAGAGAGAAUUCUGUCUUCAGGACCCAUCAAUAAAUAUAUCUUCCCCUGACAAGCAGGUCCCUGUGUGUGAGAUCUGUACCGAAGAGACCACUGGAAACGUCACCAAUGCUGCGGAUGAGGACGUGGAGGUGACACCUUUGGAAUCUGUAGAUUCACAGAUGGCAGAGGAACAAUAUGUGUAUGAACGAUAUCAUAUAUAAAUGUUUUAUUACUGGAUAGGGAAAUCAGCCAGAUUGGAAUAUUCUGGGCUAUUAUUCUUUAAUGGUAGAUGUUACGAUGCCUGGAAUUACCUGUUAAGUGUCUGCCUUCCAUUAGUGAAGUGUUGGUGAAGGCUCAACUAAUUCACUAAAGUAUCAACUCUUUAAAACCAUGUUUAUAUCUAAUUUAGAAUGAUAGUGUCAGCAGUUUGACAACUGAGUAGCAGGAAUUGGGUCAAAUUAUUAGUUGAAUUAUUUUUUCCCCUUGACUGACCUAUAUUGUGUGUCCCUCUGGUAAUCCCCUGGUGAUUAUUUUGGUUCUGUUUCACCUACAAUCUUUUUAGAAUUAGAAUGCACUCACCAAUUGAAUUUGAAAAGUCAGUGUGCCAAUUUGGGCAUCUGGUGAAGCAACUUUUAAAACUUAAAAAUUCUUGGAGCAGAUUACAUUUUUAGGGAAAGAUGCAGAUCAAGUCCCCUAAGUUUAAAUACUUUUCUAAUUGUUCUCUCUCUCUCUCAGUUCGGCUUCCUAUGACUUCUCUCACCAGCCAUGGCAACUAACUGGCGCCUGGAAGGAAUAUUCGGCUCUGCCUGAGAAUUUUCUUAAAGGGUGUAAAUGGUGAGUAAACCCAAUAACUUUUACAAUCGUGAUUUACCUUUCUAGGUAUUCUCUAAUUGUGCAUACACUAAAGGAGGCUUUUGAAAGUAAUUUUUGUAAUGAACUUUGUAGUGGACCCCCUGGUAACCCGACUGGUUACCUCCGCUAAAUCAUUCCUUCAGCCGUUCAGGAACCCUUACAACAAGCAGGCAUCCAUUCCCCAGUAACUGAACGCCACACAGUUCUGAAGGUAAAGACACUGACAAUCCUUUAUUGGUACACACAGCUAUUGAGCACAGACCCCCGCAGUUCAACACAAUCCUUUAUCCCAGGCAGGAGAAGGGGGGUGGGUUGCAGAUAACCAUCUCCCGCUCUGGGUGAUAUACCAACAGGACACAGUUCCAUACAUUAAAACAUGGGUCCUCAAACUACGGCCCCGCAGAUGUUGCUGAACUACAACUCCGUUGAUUCUUUGAAUUACAUAGAUAUCCAGAGAAUCAUGGGAGUUGUAGUUCAGCAACAUCUGGGGGGCCGGAGUUUGAGGACCCAUGCGUUAAAACAUAUUACAAACAGUAAAACACAUUACAUAUAUGGGGGAACACUUAGGGGCUCCGCGCCCCUGGAAGGGAAUGGGGUACACACAUGAAACAUACAUCCCUGGAUAGCCCCGGGCCCCUCUAGGUUGCCUGCAAAUAGCGAGGCUAUCGGAUGUACAGAGCCCGAGAAAUCAUCGUAUAAAGUCUGGGGCUUGAGGUUCUGUACAUCCCCAAAAUCAGUUCCACAGCGUUGCUUGGUUUAGGCCAGUGAAUUCAUGCUUCGCGCCUAAACCAAUCAACGGCCAGUUAGCUGAAAGGCUCAAAAUCAAUCAGCGCUCAGGGAAGAAAGGGGUUUCUCCAAUCAGGAGAUAGGGCGCGAAACCCCAUUUGAAUGGGCACUCCUUCUCUGGUUGGUCCCUUGCGCCCCGCAGCGACCAAUCAGUGCUCACUCAUGCCGACCCAUCAGGAGAAUGGUGCAAACCCAGAUUAAAAAUGGGGGCUCCCUCUCCUGACUGGUCGGCACAGACUUCCAGGUGGCUAGCAGGAGUCUGUGGCUGUGAAGCUGGCUCACAGCCCCUCGGGCUUGUGCCUCUCUCCGGUGGCUGCCUCCACUUAUGGGGGGGGAAAGCGGUGAUUAUAGCUCCGUUAGGAGCAGGGACGGCGAUCCGAACCACCAGCAACAUUGUCUCCACCAACCUCAGGGAACAGUUCGUGGAGUGCCAGGGUGAAGACCCCGCAAGGGAAGUGUCUCCUUUCGGUAUACAAAUGCUCCACCUGGCUGGCGUUCACCCAUAUGAAAUGGCGGCCACACAGGGGAGCACUCAUUAAUUACUUCCCUUGCGGUUUCACACUUAUGUUGCUGGUGUGAACGUUCUGAUUGAUUGGUGCGAACAUUCUAAUGGUUUGCGUUCGGGAGACUAACAGGUUUAGUUCGCAUGGGUGCUCCCGAUUGGUCGACAGGGCAUAUUAUACGAAAUACAUAGGAAUCGAUGGGGAAAUGUACACUACACAGGGGAAAACACACGAAUGAGCAGUGGGCAUGGUACUUAAUCUUUUUUUUUUUGGCACCACCCCACUGAUCAGUGUUCCUGUUUUUAAACACAAAAAAAUGGUCUCUCGGCACCUGCAGUCUGGCCCCUGCUGCUCGUUGAAGUGAUUAUGGUGCCUAGAGUGUCCCUUUAUUUCCUUACUUGUGGGAAUGUUAAAAGGAAUGCAUUACUAUGUCAAAGUUAAAUAUUUAACCAGCUCAGUAUGCUGUGAAUCUAAUGUUGUUCACACCAUCCACAACCACUCUGCAAAUGUAGACAUCAUAGAGCAACCUAGAUCAUUAAUCUGUGGGAUAUUUCGAUUAUUUUCAUGUGUCCAUUUAUCUCCCUAUUUGCUGACAGAAAUGGUUAUUUUUAAUGAUAAUACAUAUUUUUGCUCUGCUGAACUCACGAGUUUACCUGAAUUUAGAGGUUUUUGUUUUCUUUUCAAGCUUGUUUUGAUGCAGGCUAGUUCAUUUACAAAAAUAAAUAAAAAAACACCUAAAGGGACACUAUGGUCUCAAAACAACUUUAGUUUAAUUAAGUAGUGUUGGUGUAUAGAACAUGCCCCUGCAGUCUCACUGCUCAGUUCUCUGCCAUUUAGGAGCUAAAUCACUUCUGUUUCUGUUUAUAAAGUCCUAGACACCCUUCCCCUAUCUGUGACUGAUAUAGCCUGCAUGAAAAAAAUGGUUUCAUUUCCAAUCAGUUUGUUUACUUUAGACAUUUUACGCCCCUGCUCUGUUAAUUGAACACAAACUACUGCAGGCUAUUAGCAGAGUAGGAGAUAAGAAAUUCUAAAUUUAAAAACAAACUGUGCAAUAAAGGAACUUUGAAUAUUAGACCUCUCUGUACAGGAAGUGUUUAGGGAGACUUGUGUAAGUCACGUGCAGGGAGGAGUGACUAGAGUUGUAUAAACAAAUUCUAGAUGGCAGUGAAUUGAGUGGUUAUGAUCUAUAUACAAAUCCACUACAUUAAAGUUGUUUUGGUGCUUCUAGUGUCAUUUAAAUUCAGCUAUGUAUACAAGUUCAGCAGUACAUGCAGUGUAUGGUUACUCCAGGCUUUUUGCAAGUUACAUGGUCAAAUCAUGCCCCUGUCCGUUUCAGCUUUCAUAUUUUUGACGGUUUGAUUGUCUAGAUAUAUAGAAAUAUAGUGCAUGUUCAGCUCCUACGUCAGGAUAACCAUUAUAGAGAACACUCGCUGCAGUUUUUACCCAGAUAGGUAGCCACUGAAUAAAUGUGUAAUAAGGCAAGUUGCGCUGAUAUAAACUAAAAUCUUGCAAGUCAAGAAAUACACCCCUUGGAAUACCAUGAUUAAAUACCCCAAACCAAGACUUUACUGUUGCACAAUAUCUGAAUAAAGUGUCCUCCUUGACACAAAUCAACCAGGAUUACACAAAUAAAUGCAUACAGCUCUAAAAAUAGGGAAUACUGUGUAUAUCACUGAAAUAAAAAAUGUGUAUAUGAUUCAGUCCUGCGUCUCAGUAGAGAAGACAGCCCCACAAUGUGGAUAGUGAGCUCCGAGCUCGAAUGUCUGAUAAAGGCCUGCAAUAAUAUAUCCUCUCGUUGAAUAACAGUGUUACAGGCAUGUAGCAAAAAUAAGAGCAGCGUAAACUUGCCUGUCCUAUCAUUAGGUCUCCCUCCAUAAUACUCCCCUGCUGAGGAUGUCCUGUCCGUCUCUUCUCCCAGUGCCAGAUCUUCUACGUCCACUGUUGGUUGUAAACGGUUUUCUCUAUGCUGUGGUUUAUAUUUCCAGCCGUGAUUGAUUGCACAUUGCCGAUCACAUUUACUGAUUUAUUGUCUCCUUUGGGGAAGGUUAGCUGCCCUCACAUCAGAUAACCAGCACCGUGACUUGCCGUUUGCAAAAUUAUACUCACAGCUCUUUUACAUGGGUUACUUCUUUCAUUUUUCUUUUUCUCACCAAUUUCUCGAAAAUCUAGGGGUAAUAUUUAACGGUUAUACAAUGUUAUUAAAUUUGUUUUCGCAGCCUAAUCUGUCACUAUACUGUAAAACUACCCCAUUACUAUUCUACCUCCUCCUUUGAGUACAGCGAGACAUUUUAGGCUAAGGUUAGACGCACCGUAAGCUUGGCAUUUUUCUUUGCUUCCCAAUGAUCUGUUGAUGUGAUACUUUGUGUCACUGAACUAAACAACCUCAAGCUUCGAUUAAGAAAAAAAAUGCAAGUUCUACCAAUAGUAUGCAAGCUGUCAGCUUAUUUUGGAUAAACAUUCCACCUACAUCUUUUAUCAGACAACCCACAUACCGUUUGAUGGAGAUGUGCUUCAUUCAGGAGCUUUUUGACCCCUGUCUUUUGGUCUCUUUAUUGAUCCUUGCUGGUGACAAUGUAUCCAGCUAUAAAUUCUCAGGUGUAAUGCUCUCUUACCUGUCAUUCCUACAUUGGUGAUACUGCCAUAGCUUAAUACAACAGGCUGAAUGAGGUUAAUGGUAAAAUAUGGCCAAAUCCCCUGUGCACCUUUUUAUUCCCUUUGUUAUUUUUCUAGUACUUUUCUCGUUUUGUCUGCUAUAUUUUCUAAAACCUGUUAUUAAUGGGGUUUUUUUUAGACUGUGCCAGUCCAUUUGGAGACUUUGUAUGUUCUCUGUUAUUAUUUACAGUGCUGUAUUAGUCUGACAUUGUGCAUUGUACCUUUUACAGUCACUGAACUGAAAGAAAAGUCAUUUUCUAAACGUUCUGCUUUUAUUUUCUUUCCCCCAAGUUACUGAAGAUUAAUGUGACACUGUCCCCCACACCCUACCACCAAAAAAAUUAUUUCUUAAAAACAGAAUCUUUAUGAAAUAGUCAAUUUGACUGUGUUGGAAUUUCCAACCCAGUCAAGAGAGAUACUGAGACAGAGUAGGGAUUAUUUUGUCUAUGUAUAUUUCCUCUGCCUGACAAAUAUUGACACAGAGCUACCACCAUCUAGCAUUGUCAAUCCCCCAGCUGUCAUCAGUGACGGUUGUAGCGAAUUGGCUGUGUCUACGGAGGGUCUCGCAGGAUUGUCCAUAGACAUCAGUGCUGUAAUCUCAUCCACCCGCCUGGAAGAAGUAGAACUCCCCUUUACCUGUUCCUCCCAGGCACCAGACCCCCAGCGGGGAUGCCACCAUCUGGGCUUUGCGGAUUCUGCAUUAAACCGAUGGAUGUUGUGUUCUAUGGAGGUCACGUGACAAGGUCUUAAGUCAGACCUAACGGCUGGACCAGUAACAGAACGGGUUUUAAAUUCUAUGGAUUCCUCUGUUUCCUAAGUUGAUAAUCAGAGAGGGACCUGUUUGGGAGUUGAAAUGCUGAUGGAGUCCCGGUUGGUUUUUGGUGGAAUAACAAUAAGAAACGUGUAAAUAAUGUUGUAGCUCCAUGUAAAUAAAACUAGAAUGUAAAGAUGUUUGUAUGUUUCAGCAGAUAACACCAAAUAUCUACAAUAUACAGAGGGACCUUUAUUUUCAUAUCAGACUGAAACAAAUUGCCUGCCGCCCUCUCUCUUCACGAGGGAUAACUCUUUUGGGAAUUGUGAUUGUCAGCUUGGUGGAGGCAAUUCCCCUCCAGGCACAGUGAGUGAGGGGGCAAUAAGCGCUUAUUGUUAUUUACACAGCAUUUCACGGCUAAUUUAGAGAUGUUCGUUAAAGAGGAUUAUUAGUCUUUCACAUGAGGAUGGCCUGUUACACACGUACUGACUGUGCAAUGUCCUAUUCAUCUUUACCGAGAACAUAUUUAGUAAACUCACACUAAGAUGAAAACUGUGACCGUCCCUUUGUUUUAACAAAAUAGACUGUUAGCUGGCAAAAGAAAAUCGCUGUUUUAUUCGUUUUGCGUGAUUUAGUUGUUAGUUUUUUACUAAUCUUCUGCGUAUUCCUGUAGGCUGUAUUAAGCGCGCGUGUGUGUGUGUGCGCACACGUGCGUGUAUAUGAAUAAAAGGUUGUCUAAAGAAUACGCAGGGUUCCUGUGGAUAACUUAUCAAAUCUCUGUAUGAAUCAGAAUCUUACAGGAAUCCCACAGAGACUUGCAGAAUGCAGCGUUAACCCUCCCACUGCCAGGAUCCGAGGAAAUUAUACAACACAGCAUUAACCCUUCAACUGCCAGGAUCCGGGGAAAUUAUACGGCAUUAACCCUUCCACUGCCAGGAUCCGUGUAAAUUAUACGAUACAGCAUUAACCCUCCCACUGCCAGGAUCCGAGUAAAUUAUACGAUACAGCAUUAACCCUCCCACUGCCAGGAUCUGAGUAAAUUAUACGAUACAGCAUUAACCCUCCCACUGCCAGGAUCUGGGUAAAUUAUACGAUACAGCAUUGACCCUUUCACUGCCAGGAUAGGUGUAUAUUAUACAACAAUACAGCAUUAAUCCUUUCACUGUCAGGACAAGAUAUACUCCAGUUCAAUAUUAAGUAACCACAGGAAGUCACACAAUAAUCAGGAUAAGAUUGUAUUAUACAACUAUUCGGUAUUACCCCUUAACUGACUAUACUGUGUCAUACAAUCAUACAGCAUUAACCCUUUCAUUGUCAGAAUGAGACUAUAUUUUAUAAUAACAUUAACCCUUUUGCUGUCAGAGUAUGUAGCAGAAUAAGGUUUAACCCUUUCGCCAUCGUAGUAUAUCGCAAUAAUACAAUAUUACUUUCACUGUCAUAGUAAAAAAAAGUAUAAACCCCUGUUGCCAUCAUUGUAACUUACACAGUGAUAUAUUAUUAAACCUUUAAUUGAUAGUAUGUCAGACAAUAUUAACUCUUUUUACCUCAAUAUGGCAUCAUGCAUUAGUACUAAGCCUUUCACUGUCAGGAUCAGAAUAUUUAGAGUUUUAACCUUUUCGCUACUAUACUAUAUCAUACAAUAUUAGGCCUUUCACUGUCAUAGUACAUCAUUCAAGAACAGUGUUAACCCUUUUAGCAGUCAUAGGAUAUCAUAAUAUAAUGCAGUAUUAACCCUUUUAUUGUUCUCGUAUAUCAUACGAUAACACCAUAUUAAUACUUUCAUUGUGAGGAAAAGUAUAUAUCAAUCGUACAUGAUUAAUCCUUUAAUUUUUCAUUUGAGGAAAAGGUGCACAGUUUGAGAGAAAUUGGCACUUAAUAAAUCAGACAACUGGCCCUGUUACUUCCUGGUUUGUUUAGCUCAAUGGAGCUAAACUCAAGAGGCAGCAAUUACCCAGAGCAUCUUCCUUGCAAAGACUUCUUUGAGCUGCAUUAGGAAGUCUGUGAUUGGACAGCCACAGAACGUCUGGGCGUGGUUAGAAGGGGAGGGCUUCCAAAGGCUGCAGACAAGAAAACUGUUUGUACACAUACCCCCAAUUAAAAUGCAUAAUUUAUUACAUGCAUGUUUUAUUUGGGUAUAUCUACUAAACAGGGAUUUAUUUUUCUUUUAAUUUGGCCAGUACAUUUAAGUAAGUGUUAUGUCCUUUUAUUGUAAUUUGUUAUAUUGCACAGAUUAUUUGUAAUUUCCAUUUACAUUGUGUGAAUUUUAUGUAAAUACUUUCUAAUGGGACUAUAAUCAAACAAGUCACCUGCAGUUUUUAAAUGACGUUAUUUUGAUGAAUUUGUUCAGAUAGGCCCUAACACUUCAGAGAUGGAUAAAGCCCUGGCAGCAUCUAUUUAUACUACAAAUGCCUUGACAUUUUAACUUCUAAAGCAUAUGGUCCAGGUUCGUUAAAAUGAUAAUUCAGUGACCUCAUCUAGCAUGCAGAAUGAGAUCCGUGUUGGAAUAAACAUGGUUUAAUAUAUAAUAUGCAUAUUGUCUCCCAUUGGUCGAUUUCACUAAAUCCCUCCCCCAUCCUUUGCUCCAUCCCCUCCAAAAUCUCCAUUCCUUCCCACCACUCCCCCAUGAAUGAUGAAUUCAAGAAGUCCACAGAGUGUCAGCUCUGAUAGCACUCAUAGCGGUAAAUACCCAUUGUACAGCGCUACGGAAUUUGCUGUCGUUAUAUAAUAAAUACCAAAAUAAAUGAAUCAGUGAUCUGCAAAAAGGCUGUGGGACAUGGGGGUGAGCUACAAAUUAGACCCUUCUCCGUGGCAUGUUGGAAAAAUAUACAGAUUGUCACUUCCCUUUUCCCCUCACAUUUGAGCGUUUGAAAGGCGCUGUCCUAUGCCUAUUUCAUGUUAAACAGGGUGAUCAAAAACUGCGCACUAUGAACUUCACCGUGUGCCGCCCAGCUUGCAUAGAUCACCAAACUGCACCUAGACAGUAACUGUGGAAACUGAAAGGAACACGUGUACACAUGUGCAGCAUACAGAGAUUACUAUGUUCAUGGCGCUAGCAUCAAUGUUUUUUUCCCUCUUAUCCGAUCCUUUCAUUUCCUUGCAGCUUUACCAGCACGGUGUAUAAAUUGCCUGUUCGUGCUCCCUAUUCAUCCUGUGAGCACUCCUCUAGAGCCAGCCAUUUUAAAUGAAAUGGCUCCCCACCACUCUGUCACACAGUGCCAUGCAUCUGGCCCGGCUGAUAAAUGUGCGGCACGUUUAGAAAGCUCACGGCCAGCGCUCGAAAUAUAAAUCGCAGUUAUCUUUCCAUUCAGUGCUCCUUUAAAUCAGCAUGCCAGUUAGAGCAAAGAGAGCUAGCACAAGCUAUUUUAGACACACACACAAAAAAAAACGUUUUGAACACUACUUUGCCUUAAUUGUGUUCGCCUGUGCAGAAUCAGAGAGCAGGGAAUGAAAUUGUACGACUGGAGGCUUUUCUACAUUAGCACCUUUGUGGGAUAAUGAAAGGCUUUGAGCAUUUGGCAGUAGAUUCAGAUAGGGGGAGCCAUGAAUCUAAAGGGGAGUACAACAAUUUCUCCCGAUGUUAUAUGAAAGCAGGGUGCUUAAAUCUAUCAGCCAUUGUGUGGCCAAUCUGAACUCCCACAUUCUAAUGUUUUGUGUUUUUUUUCGAGAUAUUGACGUGCUUUUAAGACGCCAAAUAAAAAUCCAUACAACGUCCAUUCUGAUUCUGCCUGUACAUGGCAAGCUGUGAUCAGGGAGAUGCCAAGUCAAACGACAGGAUCCCUGGGGUGUUUCUUCCUCAAAAAACAAGAAAACGAUCCACACUCUGAACCUCAGCUUAUUUUAUUUAUUGGAUUGUCUAUUGUGAGAAAGGUGUUUAGUGUAGCUUGUUAAAGGGAUAUUCUAGCCACUCAGACUUUUUCAUCUCAAUAAAGUGAUCUAGGUACAGUGACCCUGUCUUUUUUGAAACCUACAAUGUAAUACAUUACAGGG